UUUCCGUGACCAUAUUAAUAGCCGUUUUGCAAAUGGUUGUGGGGAAGACUGUUUCUUGUCGGUUUAGUAGUAUUGAGUGUGAUUGUUUUUCAUACGAGAAUGGAAUUCGUGUGGAUUGUUCACAACGGAAUCUUACUGCAAUACCAGUUAUGAAUGACAGCAUCACUUGGUUAGACCUCAGUAAAAACAAGAUCAGGACUAUCGAGUCAAAGAGUAUAAAACUUCCAGAAAAGAUUAUAUCUCUCGACCUAUCUGAUAAUAACUUUACGACUGUUGAUGGAAAUCCGUUCGAACAUUUAGCAAGACUUCGGUUUCUGAACCUAGAGGGAAAUCAGUUAAAAUAUUCAAAUUUCGAGAACCUUUUUAAAGGACUGUCGGCGUUAGAAGUACUGAACAUAAAAGGAAACAGUGGCAAUCAAUAUAACAUGGCCUUUCCAGGAGAUGGUUUUGCAAAUUUAUCCUUUCUUUCAAUAAUAAAAAUGAAUGGGAUAGCAAGUACAAAAUUUGGAAAGAGUUUCUUGCGUUUAAGGAAUCUUAAAGUUUUAGAUAUGUCGGGAAAUGUAGGAACUUGUAAUCUCAAUCAUAUUGAUUCGCAAAUGUUUAAAAAUGUUCCAUUCCUUGAGGUUUUGGAUAUAUCCUACUGCAAUGUAAAGGAUAUUGAUAAGGGAGCAUUCAGCAACAUGCUAGAAUUACAACAUCUUAAUAUUUCCUACAAUCGCCAGCUAGGGUUUGCGUCCCUGCCAAAUGUAACAUAUAAUUUGAACAAAACUAGGAUAAAAUCUUUAAAUAUUAAUGGAAUUAAUUGUGGAGCUGGAGUUGGAACAGAAAUAAAAUGUCAUCAUCUUCUUUCUCUCAAAGACACUAACCUUACCGAAUUAAAUGUUGCCAGUAACCGAUUGGAAAAUUUUGCUCGUGGAGUUUUACGAAAUCUUCCAAAACCCUUAAGGAUAUUAUCGGUGGCCGAAAACAAAUUGACAACUGGGCAAUAUUAUCUAGAAUUUAGCACGCUUGAGAAUUUGCGAGUAUAUAAUGUGAGCUUUCAGAAGUAUCCACCAAGGGACUUUGAUGGUAUUGGAAAUGAUUGUAGAGAAAAGACUGAAUUUUGUAACGAUGUUCUUUCCAGUUGCCAAGAAGUAACAAAUCACCAAACUCCCAAAGACAUCGGGACUAGUACGAACGUGACUGUUAUGUUUCCAAGAAAUCUUGAAGAAAUAUAUGCUUACUCUAGUCGACUUUAUUGGCAGGUUAAUAAAAAGUUUAUCUCUGCACCGAGUCUUCGCAUUAUAAAUUUACGGAAUAAUUUCGUGUACUAUUUGGAAGGCCCUCUCUAUUUUCAACAUACGAAUACCAAAAUAACAUUGGACAUUUCCAACAAUUUUAUCUCCCAUUUUUCCCCAUACAUAAUUAAUGAUGGAGGACAAGUCCUGAAUUUAAAUGUAUCCCACAAUGACAUUGGCAAAGAUCUGCAGAAGGAUGUAUUGGGAGAAACGUUCAAGUCUUUUUUAUCCCUGGAGAACUUAGACAUUUCGUUCUGUAGAAUUUCCAAACUUCCAAACUUGCUGCUGAAAAAUUCUUCGAGGUUAAAAUAUUUAAAUAUUAGUGACAACCAGAUAUCAAGAUGGAAUUUAAAAAUUGAUCAUAUGACAAAUUUAUUAUUGAUGGACCUAUCAGAUAAUCGGAUAAGAUCUUUUGAUGAAAAAACGCGCGAACAUUUGGAGAAUGCCUUUCAAAGAUCUAAGUUAAUCGUAGAUCUUUCCGGUAAUUUGUUAGGCUGUUCCUGUGAUAAUGAAAAAUUUCUUAAUUGGUUAAGGAUCAAUAGAGCCAAUUUUGUAAAUAUUCAGCAAUAUCAGUGCUCGCCAGAAAAACUGAAAUUUUCAUUUGAAAAUCUGGAUCGGUCCAUUUCUAUUUUAGAGAAGAACUGUAGAUCAUUUUUGACUUGGUAUAUAGCAGGCUCUGUUUCACUUGCUGUAUGUAUAAGCUUGUUAACAGGAGUUUUGUUGGUUAGGAACAGGUGGAAGAUUCGUUAUGUUAUUUACAAAACUAAACUAAAAUUCCGAGUUGGGAACAAACAUAAUGUUUAUAAUUCUACUGAUUUAAACUAUGAAUAUGAUGUCUUCCUAUCUUAUGCUGGCAUGGAGAGAACAUUUGUACGGAGAGAUGUCAUACCCCGGCUUGAAACCAACGCUGGAUUACGACUUCUUGUAAGAGACAGGGAUUAUCUCCCAGGCUUGUCUAAAGUGGAUUCUAUUAUGACUGGAAUUCAUGAAAGUAAAAAGGUUCUUUGUAUUGUUUCCAAAAGAUAUUUAAAAUCAAAAUGGCGUGACUAUGAGCUCAACAUGGCUAAAGUGGAGGAAAUCAAGGAUCGUGGAAACACAGAUUUUGUUAUUUUGAUCUUGUUACCGGAAGUGUACAACAGUGGAUAUCCCAGUAAAGUGAUGAGUCUUGUGAAGAAGGACUGUUUUAUUGAAUAUCCCGAAGAAUCCUGUGCUUUUGAUGACUUUUGGGAGAAACUGAUCAAAAUGUUAAAGAAUGAUUAAUUUAAAAAAAAAAACUUGUGUAUGGAAUAUAUUAUUUCAAAACACAUUUUACUGCCACCACAACAAAAGAUCCCUAUGGCAAUUUUUGUAGAACAGAGUGAUAACGUCAUAACAUAAUUUACGUUUUUACAAGUCCAGCUUUUAUAUUGGUUCUUGAACAUUGUAAUUUUAUUUCAUUUAUUUAUACUUAAUUCUGACUUUUCAAGUUGACUCUUCUAGUCCACUGUUAAUUUAAAUGUAGACCUAUUUAGAAUUUGAGACCCCGUUUCAUUGCUACAUCUAGCUAUUUCCCUAUAUAUACGUCUCUAAUCGAUUUAUUUCCAACAUGUAAUGUUAAUCGAAGCAUAGACAUUUUAGUGUUUUUUUUAAAUAUCGAAUGCGGAUGAAUAAAUGUAAUUUUGAUAUACUAAUACGAGACAACGUGAAAGUUAGGUGUAAGACACGAGGGUUUUAUCAAAAUGUUGGAAAGGAAAUCGUUUUUCUGUAUGAGAUCCGCUCCAGCAUUCUCAACAUUUACAUCAAUCACGUAAACAUUGAAACAUCGGUGCAUCUUCCAUAAUGUUUUGUUCCGAAAUGCUUUAAUGCUAAAAAAUGAAUCUUGAAACAUCUCUUCCAAUAGAGAAGAAAAAGAAUUCUUAAAAGUUUCCCAAAUCUGGCAAAAUAAUGAACAAAUGACAGAGGUGAAAUUAUUUUCAGAACUAUAAAUAAAAAUAGGACAGGUACCUCUAACAAUCGAAAAACUAAAGGGGUACCAGAGAGGGACAUUCAUUUGAUUUUUUUCCUUUCAACUCAUUAUCUUCAUAGAUAUAUAUUUGCUCCGGUAGCAUAAAAAAAAUAUUUUAAAACUUAUUUAUCAGCAGUUCAAACGUUCUACCUUGUAUUUGGAAAAAAAUAAUGAAAAGUAUAUUUUAACGCUUUGAUCCUUAAAAGUAUACACGCUAUAACUUG